UGCUCUGCCCAACACGGCCUCAGUCCCCCUUCCACGACUGUGAGCCAUCCUGCCUGUGCCUGUGUGCCUGUCCAUGUGCAUGUGUGCCGGCCGCGACUUCCCAAUGACCGCCGCCCGUGUGCUCUGACGACGCGAAGCAGGAAAGAGCGACUGUCGACCAGGUUUCGCCGGGCUGCAUAGGAUCAUGUCCUUGUGACACCUGCUAUCUGUUCGCACUUGCACACCACCACCACGACCGCUAUUCCACCACCGUCGCUCGCCAGCCCCGCGCGAUAACGACGGAUCCGCGCUCGACACCCACGUCCCCCGCUUGGGCAUCGACACCUCGCCCACCACCACGCCGGCGCGUCCCGCCGCCCGACUUGCAUUUCUACCCCAUCGCUUUUCUGCAUUCGACUGCUUGCCACCAUGGGCAACGCUCAGGGUAGGGAGGCGCGGCCUUCGGGGGGCCAUGUGCGGCGCUCGAGUGCCCACACCAAUCCCACGUCGCCCACGACGUCUGGCUCCGCGGGGCCGUCCCAGGACCGGGCAGGCAGCGGCAUGUACGCCUCGAGGAGCGGGCGAGGCAGCAGACACGACCUGACCUUCCUGGGCAUUGGGGCGCCGCCGGGCUCUGAGCAGCGCGACCUUGCUCUCGAGCCGCGGCGGGAGACCAAGGCUGAGCGCGAAGCCCGCAAGCUGGAGAAGGAGCGCGUGCUCCGAGCCCAAGAGCGGGAGCGCAGCCUGCGCGAGGAAGGUGUCGACGGCGGCUUCCUGGUCACGCUGGGCACCUACACGGGGCCAGAGGACUUCAGCAAGCCCGUCGUGCGGCAACUGCAGAUCGAGCGCCGCAUUGCGCCCUUCUGGAAGGGCCUCGACGACCACGAAGACACGUGGACUGAGCACCAGCUCGUCGCUAUCGUGAACGGCCGCCCGCUCCCCGCGCCCGACGACAUCCCGCCAGACGACCCGCCCCAGCCGAGCACCCGCCUCAGCCCCGCGUGGAACGCUCGCUCCUCCGACUCCAACAUCAACAACCUCACAGUCCCCAUGGGCUCACGCUCCAUGUCGCAGAACUCAGAUCAGUCCACGGGUCUGUCGCCCCUGCACCCCGCCUCCUCCCUCCCUCCGCCCGUGUCCCCCAUGUACAGCAAUUCAUCGACGUCUCCAUUCUUCCGCAGUCGGGCAAAGACACUUGCUUCUCUCGCGACCGGCUCACGCAAUGCGUCUCAGACCGAAAUGGUGCCGCAGGAAGUGCAGCUGCCCAGAGACCCGUACGUCAACGGUCACCGGGUCGAGGCCUUUCUGUACAAAAACGUUGUGGAAUGCCCGAUUUGCUGUCUGUACUACCCGCCUUACCUCAACAAGACGCGCUGUUGCGAUCAACACAUCUGCUCAGAGUGCUUCGUACAGCUCAAAAGACCUGACCCGCAUCCGCCUGAGCAUCAUGGAGAAGCGCCAACUCCAUCAGCCGAGCCCCAGGAAGAGAUCCAGCUUGUUUCAGAGCCUGCCACGUGCCCAUUUUGCAAGCAGCCCGAAUUCGGAGUUACAUACGAAUCUCCAUAUUUCAGACGAGGACUGGCGUACGCAGGUCAGACUCAGCACAACACAAGUAUCGUGAAUCCAGGGACGUCGUCUAAUUCGUCACUUGGCUCGCCGGGUGCUUCUUCCCAAGGACGCAGACGCGCAGAAUCGCUUGCUGUAACGGACAAGGCAGUCAUCACAACCGAUUUGGUGCGACCUGACUGGGCCAAGAAAUUGGCAGACGCGAAAUCUCUCGCGAUGCGAAGAUCUGCAGCCGCAACCGCUCUGCACACAGCUGCCUAUAUGCAAGGCGUUCUUCAACAGGAGGGUCGCGGCUUCCGUCUAGGUGGGCGAAGACGACCCAUGUUUAACACUGAUAGCGCUGGUAGCAGUGGACAAGGCACACCGCGAGGAGAUGGUGAAGGAUCUUCAGGACGCAAUCCCGAAGGCUCGCACGACUUUUACCCUGGACGUCACAGCGCGCGUGGAGGCAACAGAGCCGACGAACUCGAAGAGCUGAUGAUGAUGGAAGCCAUACGUCUUAGUCUGGCAGCGGAGGACGAACGCAAACGUAAAGGAGAAAAAGAUGCUGCCAAAGAAGCCAAAAAGGAGGGAAAAAAGAAAGCCAAGGAAGCGAAGAAAGUAGCAAAAGCCCAGAAGAACAUUGGGAGCGGAUUCCACCCCAUAAGUGUGGGUGGACUCGACGACUCGGGUGCAGGCAGCUCUUCUGUGGCGGGCAAAGGCAAGGCGAUCGACCGUUCUGGCAAUCCAUACGGAUUCAAUCCAUCGGGCGAAUCUUCCUCUGCUGCGAUCAAUUCUUCACCAUCGAGAGACGACCCGCAAAAGCACCUUGAAUCUAGUCGCGCGCAAAUCCAAGGAAAGACAUCUGGUUCGGGUAAUUUGAUGCCCUACGAUCCUCUCGAUAAUGAGCAAUCAUCGCAUCGCGCGGCCCUAGGCCGUCUCUCCAACCCAUCAUCCUCCUCUUCAUCGUUUGCUGAAUCAGAUCAAGAUUCUCCACGCCGGCGUAGCCGAGAGAGUCGAAGCAACGUUAUGCCUGGCCAAUUCAACGAGUCGAACCGUAAUGGCUCAGGGGUAAGCUUGAAUCAGGACGAGACGUCUGCACAGGGCACACCUGGAACCGAGCCCAUGUUCAAUUUCCAAAGCCUCACAGACGCCAUAACGCACGACAACGACGACAAGGACAGGAAUGGCGCACAGCACAUCGAACAUGUUGCCGAGGCUAAGCCCACCACUGGAAAAGGGGCUUCUGCUAACAGCGCUGCUCCAGAGGCAUUCGGCAGACUCGGCGACGGACCACCCAUCAGACGACACGAUACGGAGCGUGAUGGAGCGGCUGGAACGGCUAGACACGGCGAUAAAGAAUCGUCUCCGAGGUUUGACUCGGAAACGUCGGAAACCUUAGGCGCGAGCGUUGCGACGAUCAAGCCAUCCAACGCUACACACGAUGACGAUGAGAUCGCACCAGCACCUCCCGUCGAACUCGUUGCGGACAACCUCUCGUUUGACCGAAAGCAUAUCGGGGACGUCAGCACGCGCAGCCAGUUAACCCACCAAGCUACCCAGUGACGCUUGAUCGUUUCCCGCUUUCCCCUUUCCGCAUAUCUACAUAUAUAUUUUUUUGGUUUCGGUGUUGAUUGGGGCGUUGGGCAUGUGGCUAUGUGUCUUACCAGGGAGGACACCUUCGUUUUCAAACUAUUCUUCUUGCCGCCAAAGUGGCUUCGAUCAUUUACUUAUUUCUCGCUUUACCAUCCUUUGUCCGCCGGGGUGAGCAGUCUGGCUUGUCCGGGUAACACUUGUCGCAGUUGGGGGGU